CUGGAAUGGAAAAUAAUUUAUGUGGGUUCAGCUGAAAGUGAAGAAUAUGAUCAGGUGUUAGACUCUGUUUUAGUAGGACCUGUUCCUGCGGGCAGACACAUGUUUGUAUUUCAGGCUGAUGCUCCUAACCCAGGGCUUAUUCCAGAUGCAGAUGCAGUAGGUGUAACAGUUGUGCUAAUUACAUGCACCUAUCGAGGUCAAGAAUUUAUUAGAGUCGGCUACUAUGUAAACAAUGAGUAUACCGAAACAGAACUGAGAGAGAAUCCACCAGUAAAGCCAGAUUUUUCUAAGCUUCAAAGGAAUAUUUUGGCAUCUAAUCCCAGAGUCACGAGAUUCCACAUUAAUUGGGAGGACAACACUGAAAAACUGGAAGAUGCAGAGAGCAGUAACCCAAACCUACAGUCGCUGCUUUCUACAGAUGCAUUACCCUCAGCGUCGAAGGGGUGGUCCACAUCAGAAAACUCAUUAAAUGUUAUGUUAGAAUCUCAUAUGGACUGCAUGUGACUAACCACCAUAAUUUGGGUACUGUACAUGUGUUAAACUGUAAAAACAACCAGAACUGUUUCCCUCAAAUUCCAUAAGUACAUAGUUGACAAGCAAUGUGAAGAACUUGUUUUAAAACAUCCUGUAGAAAGUUUAUAUAAAAAAAAAAAACCAAAAACACAAACCAGUAUUUGAGCAAGUUGUGGAAUAUAAAUACAGCUAUUUUUAAGUAA